CUGGUUAUUGAGAUUACCUACAUUUUUCACUUCACGUGAUUAAAGUGUUUCCUUGACUUGUGUAAUGUUUGUGGGGACGAGUGAGACCAGCGGAGAGGCUUCAGUAUACUUCACCUAAAAGCCACAAAAGUAGUACUAAUUGGUGGGUAAGGACGAAAAUCUAUAAUGACCUUCCAUCUUGACCCCAAUUUUCUCAAACUGAGUACUGAACCACCCUGCUAUGCUACUACUAUUCUGACGAGUCUCCAGUCCACGGCGAUACCUUCAAACUCCACAUUCCAAUAGGUUGUUUCAAAAUUUUCUUUUUUCUUGGUAAUUUUACUGGAAGAUUUCCCGUGUCCUAAAUAAUCUGGAUGUUACUCCAAACCUUUGGUUGAUGGACUCAAAAAGAAUUAUUAGAUCCCUCCAGGGUUUUAUUUUUUUUGAUGUGAACCAAUUGCUUAUGGACCCUUUAUCUCAUGUAACAACCACACCCUUGUUUCAUAAGUGGAGAAUUUUCUUUUUACAAAAUCUGUUCUUGUUUGAACUCAUCCUGAUAUGCUAUUGUGUAAGAUGUUUUCUUUCUGGGUAUGCUGUUUUUUGUAGGCAGCUUAGAGUGUGUUACCAUUGGCAUUUGUUUAUGAAACUAGUCUGAUUAGUAUGAACUUUAUGUUUUGGUCUUAGUGCCUUGUUUCUCUGAUGUUGCCCUCUAAAGUUACUAUGUUGUUGGCUAAGCCUAUGUCCAUCAACCAAACAAAGCAAAUCCAUGCUGCAAUACUUGUUAACGGUCUUUAUGAUCUUGAGUCCUCACUAGUUGUCCAGAUAAUCAAUUCUACAAGCUCUCACUCUUAUAAUACCUCACGCUAUAUUAAACUAAUCCUCAAUCAUGUCCAAAAUUUACAUGUCUUCUCAGUGGCUUCCACCAUUCGCUUCUUUUCUAGGCAUUCUCAGUUCAGGGAGGCCAUCGAUUUAUAUGGACAACUGCAGAGAUGUGGACUUAGUCCCACCACUUUUGCUAUAUCAUCUGCUUUAAAGGCUUGUGCCAGGAUUUUGUACAGGUCUGGUGGGAUAUCCAUUCAUGCACAAGUUUACAAGUAUGGUUUCUCUAAUGUUGUCUAUGUGCAGACUGCUCUAGUAGAUUUUUAUUCAAAAGUAGGUAAUAUGGGUUUCGCCCAAAACAUCUUUAAUGAGAUGGUUGGGAAAAAUAUAGUAUCCUGGAAUUCAAUACUAGGUGGAUAUGUAAAAUCUGGUGACUUAACAAUGGCACAAAGUGUUUUUGAUGAGAUGCCAGAGAAAGAUGUUAUUUCGUGGAACUCCAUAGUUUCUGGGUAUGCGAGGGUGGGGAAUAUGGAACGGGCAUAUGAAUUUUUUAGGCAGAUGCCAGAGAGAAGUCCUGCCUCCUGGAAUGCGAUGAUCAGCGGAUAUAUAAACUGUGGGAAGAUAGAGUUAGCAUGCAGUUUCUAUGAGGCAAUGGACCAAAAGAAUUAUGUUUCAUAUAUCAUAUUGGUUUCUGGAUACUCAAAGUGUGGAGAUGUUGAAUCUGCUGAGGAACUCUUUGGACAAUUACAUAAGAAAGAUCAACCCGUAUAUAAUGCGAUGAUAGCUUGUUACGCUCAAAACAGCCGGGGUAAAGAGGCUCUGCAGCUAUUCAAUGAAAUGCUUCAAUUAGAUCUGCAACCUGAUGAGAUGACCUUGGCAAGUGCUAUUUCUGCUUGUUCUCAGCUGGGAGAUCUAAAGUUUGGUUCUUGGAUUGAGUCAUUCAUUCAUGAAACUGGAAUUCAAAUGGAUGACUACUUGGCUACCGGUUUGAUAGACCUUUAUGCAAAAUGUGGAAGUAUUGAUAAAGCUUACAAGCUGUUCUACGGCUUGAAAAAGAAAGAUUUGGUAGCAUAUACUGCCAUGAUACUGGGAUGUGGAAUAAAUGGUAGGGCUAAUGAUGCCAUCAAGUUGUUUGAUGAGAUGAUGAAUGCUGAAAUUAACCCAAACGUAGUCACAAUCACAGGGAUAUUGACUGCCUACAGUCACAUUGGAAUGGUAGAAGAAGCAUACCGUUGCUUUAUUUCCUUACACAAGUAUGGUCUUUCUCCCUCAGUUGACCAUUACGCUAUUGUAGUUGGCCUUUUAAGUAGGGCAGGGUGGUUAGAAGAAGCACAUGGGUUGAUUAAAAGCAUGUCAAUACAGCCUCAUGCUGGUGUAUGGGGAGCAUUGCUUCUUGGUUGCAGUUUGCAUAACAAUUUAGAGCUUGGAGAGAUUGCAGCCAGGCAUUGUAUUGAGUUGGAACCGGACAGUUCUGGCUAUCUUUCCCUUCUUGCAAAUAUUUACGCUUCUUCAGGAAGGUGGUAUGAUGCUGAGAGGUUAAGAAAAGGUGUUGAAGAAAAGGGAUACAACAAAUUGCCUGGUGGCAGUUGGAUGGAAGAAGUAAAUGCUUAGGGGGUCUUCUUUGCAAUGAUGUGAUUCCAACUGUAUUACUUUAUUGUUCCGAGCUCUGUCAAUGUCAUCCCAGCCUCAGAACUUUGGCCUUUCCUGAUUGGCUGUUGAUGACUGGUUACAAUGACUUCCCUUCGGUAUUUGCUUCAAUGGGAAAUUACUUGCUGGAGAUGACCGUUAAUUGGAGAGAAGUGGACACAUGGUUGAAGAAUGAGGGAGAGGAAGAAGAUGCAUGAUGGGGUUAUGCUUGGAGAGAUGGUGGAGUUUUGCUAGAGAAGAAGGUGCCGUGGAGUUGUGCUAUAUGACCUGAUCUGGUGGAGUUAUAAAAUUUACUACUGUUUAGAGUGAACAAGGUCUAGAGCUAGGCAGGUGGAAUCUAAGUAAUAGGCUGGCUAUUUGUGUUUUCUUCUCUUUUUGUUUUGCUGUUGGCGAAGAAUGGAACAUGUAAAUGAGGCUGAAUCGACUUUUUUUUUCUUUUGAUGACAAGAAAACCCGCAGCCGCUACUCUUCGGGUGCGCACAGGGGUUUACCCCGCUCCUGUGCAAUAGCCCGCAAACCACACAGGAGAGAUAAGAGGCUGAAUCGAUUUUACAGAUGUUAGAAUCACUACAAGAUUAGUUGUAAAUACUUUAGGUUUUGGUUCUGCGAUCUUUGUACAGUUUAAAUAGCACGAGCUUUGUACUGGUUUAUAUAGAAAGUUUUCGUACGUUCUCCAAAAAUAAAAAAAAUACAUGAUGUCCAUUACAUAUGCUCAAAAUCAUGAUUAGAACUGUUCACGAAAAAAUCAUGAUUAGGACUGUUAGUUUCGAUAAUUAUAAUACACUGUUCUAUAAUCUGUCAUAGAUUGCGAAGUUCUGGACAUGAAGUGGUGCUAUGAUGAGUUCAGCCUUCUAUGGCGUUAACAGGGCAGCGUAAACAGUAUACUUAAGAGACACAUAACUGUUUGGCAUUUGAUGGAAAACAGUGCUAGGGCUGAUUCCUGUUGAAUACUAAGUUACUAAAUUUUGUGAAUUUGAAUGCGUGGCAUUGAUUGAGUUCCUGAAUUUAUGACCUCGUUAUACUUGAAGCGACCAAGCUAGAGCAAUAAUACUCCGUGAAGUUAAAAUUCGAUAGUGCAUGGUGGGUGGCUAUCAUGCCGUAGAGUGGUUCUUGAAGAGCCUGUACUUGAAUAACAUAUUAAAAGAGUCAUAGAUGAGCUAUAAAACAUUGUCUUUGUCCUACCAAGCUUCACAUUAGCCGAAGAAGACCCUUUGUGUUUUGUCCAUCACGAUAAAUCUUGUGUUCCACUACAGGGCAAAGGGGUACUUUUUUCCCGGGUGCUUACCAGAUAUAUCUCGGGUCAUGACAUGGAAAUCGUAAAUACUGCACUUCUUUCUUUAAAACUUUCUUUUCCUUUUGGUAGUUUCAACUCAGAGAGCAAUAAUUUUGAGGAUCUUGCAACCGCAACUAAUAACUAGUGAAACUUUUCUUUGGAAUCUGUUGUUGGAGAUUGUCCUUGUUGUAUGUUUAGCAUCAAAAUCUGUUAAUCAAGAUCGUGUAAAAUGGA